UAAGUAACUCAAAAUGGGGGACAUGUUUCGCAGUGAGAAAAUGUCCUUGUGCCAGGUUUUCCUGCAACCAGAAGCGGCAUAUGAAACGAUUGCCCAAUUCGGCGAAGAGGGAUGUGUACAGUUUCGUGAUAUGAACGAUGGUCUAACAUCCUAUCAAAGAAAAUUCGUCUCAGAAGUAAGACGCUGCGAUGAAAUGGAACGAAAAAUUCGUUUCAUUGAAAACGAAAUCCGUAAAGAUGACAUAACCAUACCUGAGCUGGAGCCCGAGGCCAUUCCACCAGCUCCUAAACCCCGCGAAAUGAUCGACUUGGAGGCCCAAUUGGAGAAAACCGAAAAGGAAAUUAUCGAAUUGGCUCAAAACGAUGUCAAAUUGAAAUCCAAUUAUUUGGAAUUAACCGAAAUGUUGAGGGUGUUGGAAAAAACUCAAAGUUUCUUCGAGGAUCAACAGGUGGUCAAUAUGGAACUGAGUAAAAAUGCCGAUGAUCAUCACGCUCAAGGUGGUGGCCACUUGGGUUUUGUGGCUGGUGUGGUUAGCCGUGAUCGGGAAUUUGCCUUUGAGCGUAUGCUGUGGCGUGUGGCACGCGGUAAUGUCUACGUCAAACGUUCCCAAUUGGAAGAGAGCCUCAAGGAUCCCAAAACUGGCAGCGUUAUGUACAAAACCGUAUUCGUUGUCUUCUUCCAAGGUGAACAGUUGCGAUCGAGGGUAAAGAAAAUCUGUACCGGUUUCCAUGCCUCAAUGUAUCCCUGUCCCGAAGACCAUUUCGAACGGAAUGAUAUGAUCAAGGGUUUGAGAACCCGUCUGGAUGAUUUGAAAGUGGUCCUGCAACAGACCGAGGAUCAGCGUAAGUGUGUCCUAACGGCCGUUUGUAAUCAAUUGUCCAAAUGGGCUGUUAUGGUGCAAAAAAUGAAGGCCGUGUAUCACGUGAUGAAUUUGCUGAAUCAGGAUGUGACCAGCAAAUGUCUGAUCGGUGAAUGUUGGGUGCCAAAUCGAGAUUUGCCAGCUGUGCAAUUUGCUCUUGCCGAAGGCUCCAAGGCCGCGGGCAGUCAUGUACCCUCAUUUUUGAAUGUUGUUGAAACGAAUGACACCCCGCCAACCUAUUAUCGUACCAAUAAGUUUACCCGUGGUUUCCAAAAUCUGAUUGAUGCUUAUGGUGUUGCCACGUAUCGUGAAGCGAAUCCCGGCCUCUACACCUGUAUCACUUUCCCCUUCUUGUUCGCCGUGAUGUUUGGUGAUAUGGGUCACGGUUUUAUUUUAUUCCUCUUCGGUUUAUGGAUGGUUGUCGAUGAGAAAAAAUUGGGACGCAAGCGUGGUGGUGAAAUUUGGAAUAUCUUCUUUGCCGGUCGUUACAUCAUCCUGUUGAUGGGUCUCUUUGCCGUCUAUACUGGUUUCCAUUACAAUGAUAUGUUUUCAAAGUCCAUCAAUGUCUUCGGAACAACAUGGAGGGUGCGUUACAACCGCACCACCGUCCUCACCAAUGCAGAAGGUCUAACUUUGGAUCCACGUUAUGCCACAGAUGGUGUCUAUGUCAUGGGCAUGGAUCCGAUAUGGCAAUUUGCCGAUAAUAAGAUCAUCUUCUUGAAUACCUAUAAAAUGAAGCUGUCGAUUAUUUUCGGUGUCCUGCAUAUGGUGUUCGGUGUUUGCAUGUCGGUGGUGAAUUUUGUCUAUUUCAAGCGUUAUGCCAACAUUCUUUUGGAAUUCUUGCCACAAAUGAUAUUCUUGUUGUUGCUUUUCGGUUACAUGGUCUUUAUGAUGUUCUACAAAUGGGUGAAAUAUUCGCCUCAUUCGGAGGUUUUGGCUGACACACCUGGCUGUGCACCAUCUGUGCUGAUUAUGUUCAUCAACAUGGUGCUGUUUAAAUCUUCGGAAGUGUCACCCGGUUGCGAUCCAAAUAUGUUUGCUGGCCAAACGGAAUUGGAAAUGAUAUUUGUUAUUGUUGCUGUCAUUUGUAUUCCAUGGAUGUUGAUCGGCAAGCCGUUGUAUAUUAAAUAUACGCGCAAGCAUAAACCUCAGCAUCCCGAUGAUUUCAAAUCUACCGAUACAUUGGAAAUGAUUGAAGGCGAUACAGCGGUCGUUGUUGAGGUAACUGAAACCAGCAAUCGCGAUCCUGAAGGUGGUCAUGGGGGACACGACGAUGAACCAAUGAGUGAAAUUUGGAUUCAUCAAGCCAUUCACACCAUUGAAUAUGUGCUCAGUACCAUUUCUCACACUGCCUCCUAUUUGCGUCUGUGGGCCUUGUCAUUGGCUCAUGCUCAAUUGUCUGAGGUAUUGUGGACCAUGGUGUUGUCAUUGGCGCUGCAAAUGAAAGGCUAUGUCGCGUCCAUUGCCAUCUUCUUCAUUUUUGCCAUUUGGGUAUUCUUUACCAUGGCUAUUAUGGUUAUGAUGGAAGGUUUAUCAGCUUUCUUGCAUACCCUACGUUUGCAUUGGGUCGAAUUCAUGAGCAAAUUCUAUGAAGGCGCUGGUGUUAUUUUCCAACCUUUCAGUUUUAAGACCAUCCUGCAAGGUGACGAGGAGGAUUAAAUUUAAA